UCUGCCAGCCUCACCACAGACCUGGCAGAAAGAGGAACUCAGAGCCACCACUGGGAAAAGAAUUGUAAAGAUGAGAUGUAAAUUCCUAGGGAGUUUCUUUCUGCUCUUCAGCCUGUCCAGCAAAGGAGCAGACUGCAGAGACAGUGUUAUCGUCUGGGGUGCCCUGGGUCAUGGCAUCAACCUGAACAUCCCUAACUUUCAAAUGACUGAUGAUAUUGAUGAGGUGCGAUGGGAAAGGGGGAGCACCCUGGUUGCCGAGUUUAAAAGGAAGAUGGAUCCUUUUUUGAAAUCGGGAGCAUUUGAGAUCUUAGCAAAUGGAGACUUGAAGAUAAAGAAUCUGACAAGAGAUGACAGUGGCACCUAUAAUAUAACGGUGUACAGCACCAAUGGGGCACGUAUCCUGAACAAGGCGCUGGACUUGAGGAUUCUAGAGAUGGUCUCAAAGCCGAUGAUCUACUGGGAGUGCAGCAACGCAACCCUGACCUGUGAGGUCUUGGAAGGAACAGAUGUUGAACUAAAGCUGUACCAAGGAAAGGAGCAUCUCAGGAGCCUCCGUCAGAAGACCGUGAGUUACCAGUGGACCAACCUGAGAGCACCGUUCAAGUGCAAGGCGGUGAAUAGGGUCAGCCAGGAGUCCGAGACGGAAGUUGUCAACUGUCCAGAGAAAGGUCUGCCCCUCUAUCUCAUAGUGGGGGUCAGUACAGGAGGACUCCUCUUGGUGUUCUUUGGGGCGCUGUUUAUUUUCUGUAUCUGCAAGAGAAAAAAACGGAACAGGAGGAGAAAAGGUGAAGAGCUGGAGAUAAAGGCUUCCAGAAUGAGCACUGUGGAAAGGGGCCCCAAGCCACACUCAACCCAGGCCUCAGCACCGGCAUCGCAGAAUCCAGUGGCUUCCCAAGCUCCUCCUCCACCUGCCCAUCAUCUCCAGACACCUGGCCAUCGUCCCCUGCCUCCAAGCCACCGUAACCGGGAGCACCAGCCAAAGAAGAGACCUCCUCCAUCAGGCACACAGGUUCACCAGCAGAAAGGCCCUCCUUUGCCCAGACCCCGAGUUCAGCCAAAGCCUCCCUGUGGGAGUGGAGAUGUUUCGUUGCCACCCCCUAAUUAAAAAGGCAGAGUCUGCCAUUUCCAAUAAAAAGCUGUGUGGAUGUAACUU